AGCAAAACACAUUCCUUUCUCACUAAUCAAAACCAAAUUGAUCAAAGUGUCAAAAACACAAAGAAAUAUGAAGAUGCCAUCUUCUACUAUACUUUCAGAAAAACUCAUUAAACCCUCCUCUCCAACUCCUUCUACUCAAAGAUGGCACAAACUCUCUCUUCUUGAUCAAGCCUUCAGCAAUAUUUACAUUCCCUUUGCCUUUUUCUACACCAAAAAACAACUUGAUUCUGUUUCAAUUAAUCCAACUCAAAUAUCUCAUCUUCUUGAAAAUUCAUUAUCUAAAUUACUUGUAUCAUAUUAUCCAUACGCUGGAAGACUUAAGGAUAAUACUAUCGUCGAUUGUAACGAUGUCGGUGCUGAUUUUUUACGUGUCGAAAUUAAUAUCCCUAUAUCUCAAGCACUUCAAAAACAUAAUAAUGUUAUUGAAGAGAUGGUAUUUCCACGAGAUUUACCUUGGUCAAAUUGUACUAAUCGUGGUUUAGUUGUUGCUCAACUUAGUUACUUCAAUUGUGGAGGAAUUGCUAUUAGCUUGUGUAUAUCUCACAAAGUUGGAGAUGGACAUAGUAGUUACAAUCUUUUUCAUGAUUGGGCCAAGAUAACCCGUGAGCCCAAUGGGCCAAAACCCGUUUUACAAUAUGUCCAAGAAUCCAUCUUCCCUCCACCUAUUACUGGUACCCCUUUUUUAUCUCCUGUUUGUACAUCAAACAAAGAAGAUUGCAUUCAAAGAAAGUUCAUUUUUCCAAUCCAGAAACUUAACAAACUCAAGGCAUUAAUAGCUGCUACAUCAAACGUUCAAAAUCCGACACGCAAUGAAGUUGUCAGUGCACUUAUAUUUAAGUGUAUUGUUGCUGCAGUGAAAGUAGUUAACUCCGGUAAAUCAUUUCAACCAUGGAUCAUGUCGCAAUCUUUUGACUUGCGACAUCAAAUAGAUUUGCCACCAAAUAGUAUUGGAAACAUUCUGACGUCCACUUAUAUAUCUAUAGCCGCUGAGAAGUACAUGACAUUAGCAAAUAUAGUUACAGAAAUGAGAAAGGAAAAGCAACGAGUUUGUGAUCGAGAUAAUGUUGAAGAUAAUCUAUUUCUUAAGAAGUUUCUGGAACUAGCAACAGAAGAGAAAAAUUUCUUAAAAGUUCAAAAUAAUAUGUGCAAUUUUAGUAGCUUAGUGAAAUUUCCAGUACAUGAAAUUGAUUUUGGUUGGGGGAAACCUGCAAAAGUGAACAUAGCAAACGGUUUACAUAAUAAGGUAGUUUUCUUGGUUGGUAACCUAAGUGGAGUAGAUGCAUUUGUUUCACUAAGUGCAAAAGUAAUGUCUGUCUUUGAAAAGGAGAAGGAGCUUCUUGAAUUUGCUGCAGCAGUUCCAACUUUUUAGAGAGGAUCUUAGUAUCUUCGGAUUAAUUCGGAGUAGCGACGGUUAAAGUUUGAAGUUUUGAAGUUUGCGGAGGAUCUCAUUCAUCCCACUACAGCUCGGCUAGAUCCCACUUUAGUUUGCUGUAGAGUUGUCUCCGAGGCUAUAGGAAUGUUGCGUAUUGUUCUUCAAUGUAUGAAUAAAUCUUUAAGACGAUAGAAUUAUCAUUUUUUUAAUUGAAAAAACUUAUCCGCGUGCAAUGCAAAAUGUAUUGAGUUUCUAACAUUUCCUUCCUUCUA